AUGAAUAAGCUGGGGGAAGAAAUCAUUGGCCGCAUCUGCGACCAUAUCGGGAGGAACGACGAUGAAGUGUUUUCUAAAUUGUGGACCUACCGCGGCCUCUCCAGACAAUGGAAAGCGGCUGUUGAAAGAAAGGAGCUCGCAUCGUUUUCAAUACUCAGUCAUGAUGUCGAGGACUUUGUUGAUGAAAUGAAGCCCGACUGGGCUCGCUAUAUCCAAGAGCUUCAUUUCCAUGCCAUGUCCAAUCACCCAAUACCCCUUAAGGAAAACCAGGUUGCACGUUAUCCGAAGUAUGAGGACAGUCGCGCGAGAGUAUUGGCUAACCUUACCACCGCCAUUAAAUACAUGGCCACGUGGGAGUCCGAACACCCAAUCUUCUUCUCGAUUUCGGGUACUUACCUUCGGUUAAAUGAAAAGUCCCUUCUCAGGUUCCCUAUUAUUAAGAACAUAACAACACUCAGCUGUAUCGUCGAAAAUAUGGACCCUAUGGAUUCGUGCAAUCUGGCGACACGAAUGCCAGAGCUGAGGAAGUUUCGUUUUGUGAUUAAGCACCACACAAAAGAACAACGCUCCGACUUGGCCGAUGAGAUGGGGACGUGGGGUGAGAAGUUGCCACACCUCGAAAGCCUUGAGAUCUUGGGAGAAUAUGAUACCGGAAUCAGACAACAUCCACAAUGCCACCCUGAGGACAUGAGAAAUGAAGCCGGCGUUGAUAGGCUGUGCCAGGAGCUGCGGCUUCUGUCGCAGAAAAGGGGCUUCAAGCACCUCAGGUUAGAGCACUUCCCCAUUUCGAGGGAGCUUUUCGAGGACACACUGAAUCCCGAAGCAAAGAUGAACUGGCCAACCCUGGAAGAGAUCAUGGUACUGCCUCAUGAGAUUUCAUCCACAGGCGAAUGGUUUCUCUUAGAAGAUCAUGGUAAAGGUGAGCUUGGCGACGUGAAGGGUUUCCGCUACGAGCACGACGAUGCAGCCCAAGCCCCGAUUAUUGAAUUGUUUACGAGAGCAACUAGUCUCAAGAGUAGCCCGGCAAUGAAAAAAGCGGGGUUGGGCUUCCGAACUGAAAUCCAAUUGGAAACAAAAAGAAAAACAACCCUCCAUAUAAACUAUACCAUGCGGGCGAGUUCCAAAGGGAAGGAAGGCGUGAGAGGCGCGAAGCUCAAAGGGAAGGAAGACAUGGACACCUUGUUUAACUUUCGCAUCCGCAAUAGCUCUGAUUGA